AUGUCUUUAGAAGUAAAUACAGAAAUUGUUGCAACGACUGACAAUCCUGGAGACAUCUCUUCAUUAGAAAACGCAAACGAGAAAAGUGAACGCACAUCAACUGAGGAAACUGAGCCAAAAUCGACUAUAAAAGAUGAAAGUGAAACUGAACAAGCUAAUCUGGCGGCAGAAACAGCACCAAAUGAAGAAGAUACAGACGAAACACCAGCCGAGCUACCACAGGAAACUAAAGAGUCCGCAGAAAUAGAAGAAAAAGUGGAGAGAGGAAGUGACGUCGUGGAAGGAGUGACCGAAGAUAAAACCCAAAAUGCAGCUGAAGAAGGUGAGGUCAUGGAAGGGAUGACAGAAGAUAACAGUCAAAAUGCAGCUGAGGAAGGUGAGAUCAUGGAAGCGGUGACAGAAGAUAAAAGUUUAAAGAUUAGCCUUGCUGGAGAAACAGAAAAAAGUGAAAGCAUAAAUCCAUCUGUAGGUGAGAGUGUGGAUAUUAAAGAUUUUGCAAAUCUUAUAAAAAGUGACUCAGCGGAGUUGCUAACUGAAGAUGAUGGUCAAAAGGAAAAAGAUGCAGAUGAAGCAGUUGACGAGCCUGGGUCUGUGUCUGCAGAUAUCUCACUUGUUCCUGACGCCCGUCAUGGACCCAGUUUUUUGGGUGAAAUAGAUCUCUCAUCCGAGCACCCGGUGAUUUCUCCCCCAACUUCUACCGCAGGUUCAUCAGACUCUGAACUCUAUUCCACACCAGAAAAAUCUGUAAAACUGUCCUACCGUGAAUAUGAAACAGUCGAUCGAAAUCUUUAUUACGAACUUCACGCAUUGUAUACAAACAAAUAUAGAACUGCGUAUACAAAAAACCACUAUUAUCAAACACGGUUAGCAGCGUAUUACUUGAAACGUCGAAUGUUUUAUGCGCUAAUGACAGACAAACAAACUUAUGACGAAAAUUUGAAAAAAUACCAUCAGUUGCUGGGCGAAUUAGACGCUAAAAGUGAACAAUCGUUAUCGCAACAAUCAACUCUAGAACGAGAAAUAGCAGGGUUGAUAAAUCAUCAUCAAUUCCGAAAAGAAGAAGUUAAACUCUGUUUGGAGAACCUACAAAAGAAAGAAUUUGAGUUCAGUAAGGAACUAAUAAAUGCAAAAGAUGAAGAGGGCAAACUCAAAGCGGAAAAAAUUGUUGAACGUUAUGUAAAGCGCCAAAAAACUGUCAUCGACGCCCUCAGUAAUAUGCGUCUGACUUAUAUAAAACUAGUUAACAAUUAUAAUGAAAAACAAGACAUGUUGGAUUCUUUGGAUAAUCUAGGGCCAAAUCUCCACCUUGCAGACUACGAACAGUUAAAAUCUGAUAAUAGAAAUCUGCAGGAUAAACUAGAGGAAAAAGAACUCGAAUUAGACGAGCUAAGAGCGCAGUGUCGACAUGUGAUGCAAGUCUUGGCCCAUAAUAGGGAAAAACUAAAGGCUAUAGACAACGGAAUUGGGGAUUAUCGCGAUAGACUCGACGAGAUUACUGCCGAUUACCUCGAUGCACGAGAACAAGUUACUGGAAUUAGGGCUGAAAGAAACAGACUCCGUAAUUUGAUUAUCCAAAUGAAAGAAGAUUAUGGCUUGCUUUUGAAACCCAAACUUUUGAUGGAUAUGGAGGAAUCUUUACAACAAGCGGAAGCGCUUAGGGUGCAAGUAGAAGAAUAUAAAGAAGAUUUUGAUGAAAUUUCUAAGAGGCUGAACGAAAUAAAAUUGCAAGCGUUAAAUAAGGCUGAGAAGAGUUCGAGUCAGACGUCAGAAUUGUGA